GACUGUGUAUUACACAGGAGUCUUGUUGGUGAUCUGAAAGCAUUCAUAGAUAAAUAUAGGUUUGAUGUACUUGUCAUUGUGGCCAACUGUUUGUCAGAUGAGAAGCAAACGAAACAACAAAUAGCAGUAUACUCGGAAAAUGUAGAGCUGGGCAGUCAAAUCUGCUGUGAAUUAGAAGAAUGUCAGAAUCCUUGCUUGGAGCUGGAUCCUCUAGAAUGUGAAUGUGAUCAAAUUCUCAUUUAUAAUCAAGAAAAUUCUUUGGCGACCUGUGAUCAAAUUUUUCUACUAGUUAAGGAAGUCAUAAAUAGAAGACAACCAGAAAUGGCAUCAAACAGUAGAACUUCUUCUACUGAAGCUGUUGCUGGAAGUGCUCCACUUUCACAAGGAUCUUCUGGUAUUAUGGAGUUAUAUGGGUCUGAUGUAGAACCACAGCCCAGUUCUGCAAAUUUUAUAGAAAACCCUCAAGAUCUAAAUGGAUCUAUGCAAGCUCACAUUGAUGUCAAUGUAGACCUUGUAAGCCCAGACAGUGGAUUGGCUACCAUCAGAAGCAGCCGGUCCUCCAAGGAGAGUUCUGUUUUCCUUAGCGAUGACAGCCCUGUUGGAGAGGGUGCUGCUUCCCAUCACAGUGUUCUGUCUGGCUUUGAUUCUUAUAGCCCUAUUCCUGAAGGAGCUAUAGCUGAAGAACAAAAUCCUCUUUCAGGAAACAAUAGUGAUAACUUCGACCUUUUCAGUUUUGAUCUAGCACCUGUGGUUGCAGCUCCAUCUGAGUCAUCUUCUCAUUCUGUUGAUUGUUCCCCAGCAGAUGACUAUUUCCUUAAUAGUGAUUUGUCGGAAGGGCAUCAACUGCCUGUGCAGAAAGAAAUUGAUGAGGCAAACCUCUUAGAAAGUGAUACAGCAAAUUAUUCAACUGAUUUGCUUAUGACAAAAAAUGAGGAAGACAACUUGGCUGAAUUUGAUGAGAAUCCAGGAGAAAUGUGUGAGAAAACUUCAAGUUUGAUCAAUUUAGUUGAAGGUGAUUCUUCUUCACCAGAAAUGUUGAAAUCUGCUGAAUCAAGAAUUCCACCAACUCCGAUGAACAGUCUUGUAGAAACUUCACCAUUAGAUAAUGGGCAGCCUUUAAUUUUCCCACAAGAUGUCAUUAAAAAAAUCAAUGAAAUAGAUGGCACAAAUUAUUCUCAGUCUCGUGUUAGAUACGGGAGCUGGUGGGAUGGCUUUGACCUAGAGUCCAGAAAUGCUGAUGCAUGGAGUUCAAGUGAGCAGGAAUCUGUGUUUCAGAGUCCUGUCUUAUGGAAGGAUUCUAAAGAAAGUCCCUUGCAACGAGAACAUAUUGAUAGAAGAGCCUCCGAUUCUGUGUUUCUCCAAAAACAGCCAAAGCAAAUGGAAUACACAAGAGAAGAUCUGUGGGAUAAUCAGUUUAAACAAGAUAAUUGGAACCAUGAAAAUCAAGAGAAAAACAGUGAACAUUCACGUUUGCAAACUGCGUCUUUAGAUGAGACAAAGCAAGAACUGGAGAGCUUUACUGAUCCAUGGAAGGUCAGUCAGCCAACACCUAUGAUGUCAGAUGCAUGGUGUAGUGGUGAAGGAAAAGGUAGUGAGCUAGCUGAAGACUCUUACAAACUCUGGACUCAGUUUGAUGAAGGAGAGACUGCUAGAUCCCCAGAAAAUACAUGGGACAUGGCCAAACUAGACAGAGAAAAAAGAUCAGUGAAUAUUCCUGAGGAAUGGGCCAUGUCAAAAACUAGUUUAUCAGGUUCUUCAGAAAUCACAGUGGACAAUGAUACUGAAAACCCAGAAAUGUGGGAUAAAGGAAGAUAUUAUUCAGUAAAAGAAUAUGGAAAAUCUGAAAAUGCAAAUUCUGUUUUGAACAAUAUGCAAAAUAAUUCCAAAUUGAAAACAGAGGAAAAAGCUGUAUUUGGUGACACUAAACGUAGACCCAAACAAUUUGAAAAUAUAGAUACCUGGAAUAUGUAUGAUAAAAACAUCAGAAAAGAAGUACCAGAAGUAGUAGUGCCAUGGGAGGAUAACUUCUUGUAUAAAAACUCAGCUCUUAAUUCUUCAAAUAUAGGGGAAGAUUUAGUUGUUUCUCCACCAGACACCAACUAUUCAACAUCUGAUUCAUAUGUAUCACCUACAUAUGUGGAAGAUGAAAGAGAAAAUGAUUUUGAUGAAGAAGCAGUUACUGGUGAAUUCAUGAACCCGAAUUUGGCUGAGCCAAAAGUACUUGAGAAAGCAAGUAAGGAGCCAUUAUCUCCUAGCAACAUGCCUUUUUCAAGCAUCAGAAAUACAGACAUCUGGAACACUCCCCUAAAUAACAUCACCCAGUUACAAGAAAGAAAUUCUGAAAUUACUGCUCUUUCUGCCUCUGCUAAGCCUUUCCUUAAUCCAGAACAAUCAGCUAAUCUAUGUUUUUCAUCUGAGACAUGUACCAGUGAAAAUAAUUUUUCUGUGGCUGGAAACAGAAGAAUAACACCAGCAUAUAAUCAAACAGUUAAUGACUUAUCACUACCACAGAGCAAAUUAAAUACUAGACAGACAUCAGCUGACAAUGCAGAAACAGUGGUCACUGUUCCUGUAGAAGACACAGUCACAUCUGUGCCAACUUCAGACACUGGUAAUAGUUUGGAUCUGAAAACAUGUGACUUAGGAAGUGAGACACUUAGUAAGAAGGCAGCACAGAACUUUGGUGGAGUUGAUGGAAAGCUGAAUACUGAGGAUUCAGUGCAGCAGCAGAACUCAUGGAGUCUGCAAAGUGAGCAGGGUUGUGAGGAAGGCUGGGACAGUGCCGUUGUCAUCUCUCAGGAAGGAAAAGAAUGUAAUAUAACACCUGAGAUAAGUGGGCAGCAGAUGAUUCAUGACAUUUGUAAUAAACCAGUACAAGAGGUCAGUGAAUCUUCAUGUAAAGCAGAUUUGGAAGGGAAUUGGUCAACAGCUGAAGAUCCCAUCUCCCCUGAAAAAAUGAGGAGAAGUGUUAGUUUGGAAGUGUUAGUCACAGAGAAUGAGUCAUUUUCCAAUCAAAGGAGUCCAAUUAGUCAGGAAGAGAGGAAAGACUUGUUGCAAAAUAAUGUAGAAUCUUCCUCAAGUCCUUCUGAAGAAGGCAGAAAUUAUGAAUCUUUUAAUGAUCCCAUACCACAAAAAUACAAUUACGGUGAAACCUCACAGCUGCUUUCUGAGCGAGUGGAAAAGGAGGCUACGAUGAUGGAUGAUGCGACAAGUUCCAAGGUGGAAAGUGUCUCUGAAAGUUCUGAUAAGGGUAGUGAUAAUCCUGAAAAUAAUUCUUCUAAAAUGUCUACAGUCUCAGGCAUCUGGAAUGACUCUGGAAAGAAUAGUUGUGGCUUAGCCACAUCAAUUCCUUUGAUGAAUGAACCACAAGAAACACUGGGACAAAGGAAAGAAGGUUUACAUGAAGUGGCUCCUAACCACACAGUCAUUUCUACUUCAGAGUUAGAAUCUUUCAAAAAUAGCUCAGAGCUGGAGAGGACUCAUGAAAAUGCUUUCGUAGAUGAGUUUAAGAAUAGUCCUUCUUCUGGGUAUGUCAGUGUUCCUGACAUUGCACAUAUGUCUGUGGUGGAAAAUUCAUUUUCACAUGAAGCAGGUUCUGGGAGAAAUGAAAACUCUGAAAAUUUAGAACCUGCUAAUAAUCUUUGUGGAGAGCCAUGUGCAGUGCUUAAUGACAGUUUUCCCCAAACUGCUUGGAAUUUACAGCCACAUGAAGAUUUACAAUCCCCUGGAACAAGUCCUGAGGCAAGUGAAGUCCUUGAAAUGGAAAACACCACAAGCCUUUCAAGGGAUAUACAGUUAAAAAGCUAUUUGGAAGAAGAUACUGUGUGGAGUAAUUCAAUAAAUGAUUAUGCACACUCAAGUGGAACAAGUCCUGAUUUAAGUGAUACAUCUGUGAAUGUGUGGGGAGACCUUUCAGUUGCCAGUCAUGACAAAAGAAAGAGGGAUAUGUGGGAGAUUAAAAACAAUAAAAAUCUUGAAGAUUCUUCUAAAAACAAUGAAUUUGGGAAUGAAUGUGGAGAAGGAUUUGAAACAAGUGCUGAACAGAAUGAAGUUCCUAAAAGCUUAGAUUUUUGGAAUGCCCAUGUAGAUGAUGAUACUGUAUCUUCUUUAUCAAGUCCUGACAUAAAUGAGGAUUCAGAGAAUUCAGAGGCGAGUCCAGAAGUGAUUCAUGAAGAUUCGAUGUGUGAAAACAAACAACACAAAGCAUCUGAAAUUGGAGAGGAUUAUGCUCAGUCCAAUGCAACAAGUCCAGAAGGAAAUGAAGACAAUAUAGGUGCAAAGACUAAGGUGGGAGAGGAGGUCCAGGUCAUCUUCAGUGAAAAUUCUGAAACAAUUAAAGCCAGGAAGAUAGUGCAAGAGGAUGUGACUAUUGACUCUGUUGCACAUAAUAAGACUUCUGAAUAUUUAGGCCAGUGUGAAACACUUCAGAAAAACGCUCAAGUGAGUAUUUUCAAUGAAAAAACAGAUAAUGGAGGAGACUCAUAUUUGUAUCAAAUGAAUGAAGAUAUGACACCGACUUUUGCUGUUGAUGAUAAAGAAGAGUAUUCUUCAAAAGCUGUAGAUGUGUGUAGUAUGUCAUUGGAAGCUGAUUUAAGAACUGAUCCAAUAUCCACAGUUGGAGCAUUUGGUUUUCCAGAUAACAGUUCAGAAUGGUGGAAUUCACAACCUUGUGAAGAAAAGCAAUUGGAAGAUCAAUAUUCUGUUUCAAGUCACUCUGCAACAAACGAGUUAACAAAUAGUAAAGAGGACUCCUGGGGUUCACCUUCACAUGAUGAACAACAAACAGAAGCACAUUUCACUAGUACAGGUAGCGAUGGAAAUCAGCCUGCCUCCUUGUACUGUGACGAAAAUGAAAGGCUAGUACAUCCUAUCAAUAGUCCUGAUAGUCAGAUAAAUCAAGACACUGUACAGUUCAAACAAUCUGAUCCUUUCAUACGGGAUAAAGAAGAAAGGGGCUCGAAAGAGCAGUUGUUUCCUACAGAUAAGAAAAAUCAACUGACUCCACAGAAUUCUUUUUCAGAUGUGGAAGGAGCUGUACCAAAUACAUCAGUUCAAGCAAUCACUGUACUGGAUCUACCAAAAGACAAUGAGGGAAAUGCAAGCCGUGUUCCUGAGGAACAACAGCAGGACACUUGUGAAAGAUUAGAGGUGCACAGCUCCCUGCCAGGUGCUUUCACUGUGGAAGACGUAUCUUUUGAAAUGACAGAAAAGUCAAGUCCAGGGUGGAAUAUAUUAAUUCCCCAAACUGCACAUGUCCCAGAUAUUUUACAGGAUAACACACAAGAAAAUAAUCAGCUGUUUUCAGUAGAACCUGACCUGUGGACUAAUGCUGAGCAGAUUGUCACUUUGAAACCAGAUGGUGAAAAUCCUGAUAUAUUAAGUCACUGUGACCAAGACAAUGGUUCAGAGUCAUCAGGCAGUCCUGAUGUGUGCCAGGAGCAUAGAGCUAAGCAUGCCUCUGCCUCACCUGCUCAGAUUGCAGUGGAAACUGAAGCCAAAGAUAGUCGGCCGAUUCAUGCGUGGUCAAAUAUGAGUAAAGAGGCAGGUUUUGAUUCAGAGCAUCAGUUAGUAAUGCAGAAGGUGGAGACACACUCUGAAAGUGUUAGUCCCCAGGACUAUGAACUGGAAAAGACUGAUGAAUUCUAUGAGCUGUUCCCUGCUAAUACUCAAGAGCCUCCUGAAUUUGCAAUUUUGGAAGAAUCUGAUCAGGAAAAUAAACCGGUUAUUGACCAAAUUGAGCCGACUGAGAUUGCCAAUGGAGCUAGAAAAGUGACAUCCUUAGAUCUGAAAGACACAUUCUGUGAAAAUUUCACCCAUGCAAGCCGUCAAGGAACACCAACUGAUACAGCUCAAAUAGAGACCUCUCAAAUGCAUUUGUUUCCCAUGGAUUUCACUCAACCUGAUAGGGCAGAACAAAGCUUAAAAGAAAUUAGUGCCUUGGCUGAAGUUGUAGAAUAUUCUGAUACUGUCCGUAGAAUAACUGGUGAUAAGCUAGACAUGUCAGAAGAACAUGUGGAUGAAUCUGAGACAGGGGUAGAACAUAGCAUCAGGAACACAUCAGUAACUAAUGUCCUGGCAGACACAUGUGGUGGAAUGAACAUGCUGGCAGUAGUAGCUAGUGAAGCAGCAGAAGGGGAAUCAAAGGAUGGAGAGAUACACUUUCCCAAAUCGUUUCUACCUGGUGCUAAUGAAGGCCAUGAAUCUGAUUCAAAUAAUCAACUGUUUGGUGACACACCAAAAGAAUAUGAAGCUGUAAUGGAAAAUUAUGUUCCUGUGUUUAAGGAAGUGCCCUGUGACCAAUCACCAGUGGUGUGUGUUCCAUCGUCCUCUGCAUCUUUUGAUGCCGAACUCUCUGGCAGCAGAGAGUGUGCAGAGGGUGAGAUCUUGUUACAGCAGCCCUUUUAUGACAGUGUUUCUUUGGAAAAACCUUUACCACUGCCAGCUCCUUUGAAAGGUUCAGAAGACAUCCUAGUGACCAAAGACAGCAGCGUUAAAGAUCAGGUGUCUGAAACAUCCACAGAGUGCCUUCAGGAAAAUCACACCUCAGUACCUUUGCUCUCCGGGUCUGAAGUAACUCCAGGAGAUUCUGAUAUUCCGGCAGGAAAAUCUGAAGCAGAAACAAUAGAUUCAGACUCACCACCAGGUGGAGAUAGAAGAUCAUCCGAUGAAGCUGGCACUGACUCCCUGCUUUGUAAAGAAAAUAAGCUGAGAGAUUCCUCUAAGAGCCCUGAACUGGAAAGUACAGAUGGUAAGGAAGAUGUGACGACGCAGGUGCUCCGAGAUCCAACUUCACUGGAGAUGGAUUACAUCCUUGUUACUGAGGAAGAAAAUACACCUUCUACGAAUGAUACCCUUGAAAGAACCGAAAGUAAUUUUGCAUUUCAAGAAGCUAAUGUAGCUGAACAGACAGAAUCUGAUGAAGGCUUUUUGCCAGGCUCCUUGGAUACCUUUCAGACAAUCUCCACUACAAAUGAAAGCAAAGAUCACCCUGUUCGUGGGACUGGUCAGGACUCCGUUCACUUAGAAGAAAAAGCUAUUUCUGUCGUGCCUCAAAAGCUGGAUGGUGAAAAGAGAUCACAGGAAAGCUGUGGGCGAGAUGAGGGUUGGAUUAUAUUGGGCCAAAAUGAAGUAAGUGACGUAUCACCUGAAGAAAUUUCUGCCGAUUCAGAAAUGCCAAAAUCAGGGUCUGGACAUCCUGGCGAAGAAAUGGCAGUUGUUGCAGCACAGGAAUUGAUUCAUGACACUUGGAAAGAAUUUCGGGCAGAUGGUGGUGAUGGUGCAUGGGAAGCAAAUUCUCAACAGAAACUUGGAAAUAACAUAGCAACAGAACAAGAAUUGAAGGAGGAAACUGUUCUGCUCAACAAUAACAGAGAACUCAGUCAAAAAUCAGGGUUGGUACAAGAGGAUAUGGGAAUGGACAUCCCCUUAGGUGACGGUGUACUAAGCCCCAGUUCUACCGAGAUGAGACCAGAACCUCCCAAUUCGCUUGAUCUUAAUGGCUCCCAGCCCAGAAGGAUAAAGCUCAUUGCUCCAAACAUCAAUCUCUCCUUAGACCACAGUGACGGGUCUAUGCUUUCUGAUGAUAAUUUGGAUACACCUGAUGAAAUUGACAUCAAUGUAGAUGACCUUGACACUCCUGAUGAAGCAGACUCGUUUGAGUACACUGGACAAGAAGAGCAGACUGCUACCAACGUUGCUUUCCAGGAGGAGUCUGAAUCAAUUCCAGAGUACACUGCUGAAGAGGAGAGAGAGGACAACAGGUUAUGGAGAACAGUGGUUAUUGGAGAACAAGAACAGAGAAUUGAUAUGAAAGUCAUUGAACCUUACAAAAAGGUCAUUUCACAUGGAGGAUACUAUGGUGAUGGUCUGAAUGCCAUCAUUGUGUUUGCAGCGUGCUUCUUGCCAGACAGCAGUCGAACUGAUUACAACUAUGUCAUGGAAAACCUUUUCCUCUAUGUGAUCAGUACCUUAGAGCUGAUGGUAGCUGAAGACUAUAUGAUUGUCUACUUGAAUGGAGCAACACCAAGAAGGAGGAUGCCUGGAUUGGGUUGGAUGAAAAAAUGUUACCAGAUGAUUGAUCGACGAUUGCGGAAGAAUUUGAAAUCAUUUAUAAUUGUUCAUCCAUCAUGGUUUAUCAGGACAAUUCUGGCUGUGACACGACCUUUUAUAAGCUCUAAGUUCAGCAGUAAGAUACAGUAUGUGAACACAUUGGCAGAGCUUCGUGAGAUGAUUCCAAUGGAAUACAUCCAUAUACCAGACAGUAUUGUCAAACUGGAUGAAGAGCUGAGGGAAGCUUCAGAAACAGCUAAAACUAGCUGCCUCUCAAAUGAUCCAGAAAUGACUUCAGUGGAGCAGGAGUAA